CAUAUGUGAAAUUAUUUCUCUUUUCUAAAAAUUUUCUGAUGAAAUAAAAAUUGAUUUUUACAAGUAAAAAUUUGACAUUACGUUACCUGAUAAUUGUAAACUAUAAAACACAGAAAAUAAUUUAGAAGAGUUUUCAAUUGGUGAAACUAAAUAUAUCAUAUUGUGUAUUUAAAUAUUCGAAUUAGUAAAAUAUAUAACUAUUAGUUAAAGGUCCAAAAUCUUGGAAAUCUCAAAUUCAUACACACACACACACACACGGAGAGAGAGAGAGAGAGAGAGAGAAAUUAAAAACAAACAUUUGUUCUUGAUGUAAGGCUUAUUCUUUUUCCAUACUCCAGGACCGAACUUCUUGCAUGGUUCACCUUUCCUCUUUUUCUUCACAUUGAAGAAAAAAAAGAAAAGAAAAACCAUGCAAAAAGUUCUAGAAUGUGAAGAAAGAACAAACCUAUAACCUUGACUCAAUUCCAAUAUAAUUUUCAACCAAAUUUGUAUAAUAACUUUCAGACAUCUUUUCAGAAAGACAUUUAAACUUGAAGAUGUCCUUUGAUAAAGUCUAAAGACAUCUCAACUCAAUUUCAAUACGCAUGUCUUCUCGCAGAAAUAAAAUCUGUUGAAACUUUUGCCGCCGUGCAUACGUAAGCAUAUGCUCGUACGCAUGCGUCACCUUGGAGCAAGGUGACCACUACCUCUUGCACUGGCAGCGCUCAUCAUUCGCCUUUGGCGAGCCGCUUGUGUCACUUCUUACCAGUCGGUUGUGCGUUAUAAUAUUGCAGCUUGUAAUCUUUGCCAAUUAAAAUCCAAAUCGUCAUGUCAAUACCGAACAGCGAUCAUGAGAAAAGGAAGCAGAUCUCGGUGCGUGGCAUCGUUGACGUCGAGAACGUCGGAAACUUUAAGAAGACCUUCAACAGGCAUCUCCACUACACCCUAGUGAAGGAUCGCAAUGUCGCCACGAGCCGCGAUUACUAUUUCGCCCUGGCUCAUAGCGUCAAGGACAAUCUCGUGUCACGAUGGAUUCGCACUCAACAGUACUAUUACGAGAAAGAUCCCAAGAGAGUGUAUUAUCUGUCCUUGGAAUAUUAUAUGGGAAGAUCGCUACAAAAUACGAUGAUCAAUUUAGGAAUACAGGGAGCCUGCGACGAAGCUAUGUAUCAGAUGGGUUUAGAUAUAGAAGAACUGGAAGAACUCGAGGAAGAUGCCGGACUCGGCAAUGGAGGACUUGGUCGUCUAGCUGCUUGCUUUUUGGACAGUAUGGCCACGUUAGGUUUAGCGGCUUACGGAUACGGUAUACGUUACGAGUACGGUAUAUUCGCACAGAAAAUAAAGAACGGCGAGCAGAUAGAGGAGCCCGACGACUGGCUCAGAUAUGGCAACCCCUGGGAGAAAGCUCGGCCAGAAUUCAUGCUGCCGGUGAACUUUUAUGGCCACGUGAUUGACACCCCGGAGGGAAAAAAGUGGGUGAAUACGCAGGUCAUUUUUGCCAUGCCUUAUGAUAGUCCAAUUCCCGGUUACAAGAAUAAUGUUGUUAAUACAUUAAGGCUGUGGUCCGCAAAAUCACCCACAGAAUUUAAUUUGAAAUUCUUUAACGACGGUGACUAUAUACAAGCUGUGAUUGAUCGUAAUCUGGCGGAGAAUAUCUCCAGAGUUCUUUAUCCCAAUGACAAUUUCUUCGAAGGCAAGGAGCUUAGGUUGAAGCAAGAAUAUUUUAUGGUAGCCGCUACUCUGCAAGACAUUAUCCGAAGAUACAAGUCUAGCAAAUUCGGUUCGAGGGAGCAUCAUAGAACAGACUUCGCAGCUUUCCCCGAUAAAGUAGCUAUUCAACUCAACGACACGCAUCCUUCUCUAGCUAUUCCCGAGCUAAUGAGAAUCCUCAUCGAUGUCGAAAAACUUUCUUGGAAAGAGGCUUGGAACAUUACGACGCGUACAUGCGCUUAUACAAAUCAUACGGUUCUUCCCGAAGCAUUAGAGAGAUGGCCCACCAGUAUGUUGGAGAGCAUUCUCCCGAGACAUCUGCAAAUCAUUUACGAGAUAAAUCAUCUACACCUUCAAGCGGUAGGAGCCAAAUGGCCUGGCAAUGUAGAUCGCAUUCGUCGAAUGUCCUUAAUAGAAGAGGAAGGCGAAAAGAGAGUCAAUAUGGCUCAUCUAUCGAUUGUCGGUAGUCAUGUUAUAAACGGAGUCGCUCGCCUCCAUUCAGAAAUUCUCAAAGAGAGUGUCUUCCGAGACUUUUAUGAAUUAACACCAGAGAAAUUUCAAAACAAGACGAACGGUAUCACACCAAGAAGAUGGCUACUGCUUUGCAAUCCAAAUCUGUCCGAUAUAAUCGAAGAGAAAAUCGGUAGCGAAUGGACAGUUCAUCUGGAACAAUUGGAACAAUUAAAGAAGUGGGCAAAAGAUCCGGUAUUCCAACGUAACGUUGUCAAAAUCAAACAGGAAAACAAAUUGCGAUUAGCUCAAAUAUUAGAAAAAGAAUAUGGUGUUCAAAUUAAUCCAGCAUCUAUAUUUGAUAUCCAGGUGAAACGUAUACACGAGUACAAGCGACAAUUGUUGAAUUGCUUACAUGUCAUUACUUUGUACAAUCGAAUAAAAAAGGAUCCGUCCGGUCAUUUUGUUCCACGUACCGUAAUGAUAGGCGGUAAGGCAGCGCCGGGUUAUCAUCUAGCGAAGAAGAUUAUCAAGCUUAUUUGCAGUGUCGCUAAUGUCGUCAAUAAUGAUCCGAUUAUCGGCGACAAACUCAAAUUAAUCUUUCUUGAAAAUUAUCGAGUAACCUUGGCUGAAAAGAUCAUACCAGCAGCGGAUCUGAGCGAGCAAAUUUCGACCGCUGGCACCGAAGCGUCUGGCACCGGCAACAUGAAGUUCAUGUUGAACGGUGCGUUAACCAUUGGUACCUUGGAUGGUGCAAAUGUAGAAAUGGCGGAGGAAAUGGGUAACGAAAAUAUUUUCAUUUUCGGUAUGACGGUAGAGGAAGUGGAGGCUUUGAAAAAAAGAGGCUACAAUGCAUAUGAUUAUUAUAACAAACUACCGGAAGCUAAACAGUGUAUCGAUCAAAUCCAAGAAGGAUUCUUUAGCCCAAACAAUCCCGAUGAAUUCCGAGAUAUCGCUGAUGUGUUGCUCAAAUGGGAUAGAUUCCUACUUUUGGCUGAUUACGAGAGUUAUAUAAACAUGCAGGAUUAUGUCAGUAAAGUCUAUCAGGAUGAGAAUAAGUGGGUAGAGAUGGCUAUUCAUAACAUAGCAUCGUCGGGGAAAUUCUCAUCGGAUCGUACAAUUGCGGAAUACGCACGCGAGAUUUGGGGCGUCGAACCGAAUUGGCAGAAACUCCCGGAUCCACAUGAGCCUCGAGAUAUUUAAGCAAAUCACGCCAUGACUUUUUUUCCAUAAAAUAUUUCAAUACUCGUCCGUUAUCUUUUGUGUUACUAACAAUCUCCUCUUGUCAUGAACGAUGUUCAUGAGGAUAACCAACGCCACAAUUAUCACAAUUGUACAAAACAGUAGGAAUUAUUAGAUGUAAGAAGUAUACAUUUUGAUUAUCUCUUACAAUGUUCUAUAAAUAUUUGUUUAAAAAAAAACGAGGACUUUUUAAAUGUUACCUAAAAAUGUGGCGCAGGUACUAAAAUUUUUUUAUAUUAAGCUUUUUCAUGACGGUGAAACUACACAAUGUUACUCGAAUUAUUAAAGUAUUUUUCUUCUUUCUACGUAUAAAAUUAAAAGAAAGAUUUAUUGCAUAACGUAACGUUUGUCUAGAUUAACACAACGUCUUUUCCAAUUAUCAUAAUUUGAUGAGUGAAAAUUUUAUGAAUUAAAUUAUAAAUUAAAUUAGUUGUGAAUUAAAAUUGAAGAUUGGAUGAGUUUAUAUGACACGAUAUACCAUGUUACAAUACACAUUCGGAUGCUAGAGGUAAUUUGAAUAUAAUUUUAUUUAAAUUUAAUUUUUAUUGGCAACAUCUAUAUUUUAGUAUACAGAAAUUCUUUUACAUAAUGGCAAUUAAAUGGUCAAAAUUAAUAAAAAUACUAUUUGUGUUAAUCUAAAAGGAAUUUUUUUUUAAGUUAUGAUUUUACGAUAUGACGUUACAAAUUUUCCUGCAACAUGUCUUCCGUACGAGAUGAUUACACAAAUAUAAAUAAUAUAUAAAUAAUAUAUUUCGGAUAUUAACUCAUCUCUAAUUACGUUCGAUUUAUUUGCAAUCGUGUAUAACUUUUUUUAAAAAUAAUGGAUGAAAACGCUUUUUCAAAUGUAACAUAUUCUUAAUCUCUAUAAGUAAAAAUAAAGGAAUUCAAUGAAUCA